CAUUCGCACUGAACACUGCGGAACAGGAGAAAAGCACACCAUUUGUUUAGAAAAUGUCAAGACGCAGUAGUCGCAACACAUUACAAGAAAGAAAUGAAAACGCACCAGAGCAAAAUAAACCGCAGAGGAAAAGGAAAAGCGAGCAGUGCAAUAGAAGAGUACCAUCAGCAUCUAAGAAACAGCACUAUGAAAUUCAGAACCGGUGUUUUGAAGGCGAUGUUAGUCCCAGCGUGUUAAUCGAGACUCCUCAGAAGGAGGUUCAUCAGGACGCCGCUAAUCUUUCUGGUUUCAAGCGCUUCAGAUUCAAGAACCUCUUUGUGAAACCCUCUCCGCUGCCAUGCCUCAGCUGGGCCAGUUCAGAUGACGUGUGGAUAAAGAUGCUAAACAAGGAGCUGAAAUACGUUCACGACAAGGGCUUUAUGCAGCAGCACCCAUCCCUGCAGCCUAAAAUGAGGUCCAUUCUACUGGACUGGCUCAUGGAGGUCAGUGAAGUUUAUACUCUCCACCGGGAGACUUUUUACUUGGCUCAGGACAUCUUCGAUCGCUUCAUGCUCACUCAAAAAGACAUUGGCAAAGAUCAGCUGCAGCUCAUCGGCAUAACCUCACUCUUCAUAGCCUCAAAGAUAGAGGAGAUUUACCCGCCGAAGCUCCAGGAGUUUGCUUACGUGACGGACGGAGCCUGCAACGAGGAGGAGAUUCUUUCUAAAGAGCUUGUGAUCUUGAAGGCGUUGAAGUGGGAGCUCUGUCCCGAGACGGUCAUCUCGUGGUUGAAGCUCUACUCCCAAGUGGACUCUUCGAAGGACGAUGCUAAUUUCCUCGUUCCUCAGUUCUCGCAGGAAACCUACAUCCAAAUCACGCAGUUGUUGGAUCUCUGCAUUUUGGACGUUGAUUGUUUGGAUUUCCAGUACGGAGUCCUCGCUGCUGCUGCCUUUUGUCACUUUACUUCUUUUGAAACGGUCCAUAAAGUAUCAGGGCUCACAUGGGACAGCAUAUCAAGCUGUGUGCGGUGGAUGAACCCGUUUGCCCGAGCGGUGCGUGAAUGGCCCAGGCCGCAGCUGAAGGACUUCAAAAAGGUGGCGUCAGAAAGUCGUCACAACGUACAGACCCACGUGGACUACCUGGCCAUGCUGAGUGAAGCACAUGACCGGCAGCAGGACAGCUUGGAUAGGAUGUCUCCGCUGGCUGUGGCCGGGAUACUGACCCCUCCUAAAAGCACUGAGAAACCUGCUAACGCCUGACGGGUUUGAAGACAACCUUCUGUUGCUAGUCUUUAUUUAAUUCCAUCACAGCCCAGAGAUCUAAGAGACCUUCUAGACCAACACAUCCAGAGACUUACAGUUGUGUGCUGCAUUUAAAUAUUUUUUUUUUUUGUUGGUCUGUGGGAAACCAAUCCAGGCCGUAACACAACAAACAUUCAGACGUUGUGUGAAACUGAGGGAAAACCUACGAUUGGUUUCCCAGAGCAGUAUUUGAAGCACUCAAAAGUGCCUUCCAUUUUGAAGAAUGGAGUAAUAUCUAUUUUCUGAAGCUAGAAAUGAAAUGUUAAUGAUCUCGGACUGAACCUGCUCAAGAGCUCCUGGCUACGUCGCCAGAUCAGAAGUCUGCACAGAUGCUGCUGCUGCUUCGUGGAUCAUAAGUUACCAUUUUAUGUGAUGUAAAUACAAUUUAAUUUUAUUGUGUGGCUGUGUGUGACGUGAAAUGUGUGUUCUGGAUGUUGGCGUUAAUGUGGUCCAACGCCAACCCAGUGGUGCUAACUGCGCUUGUUAAACAGGACGAGCCUGUACAACCAGCAGAAUCGUUCAGAUCCUCGUGAACGUCAUUCCCAAGAUACUCCUGUAAGACUUGACCGUUUUCACCCCUCAGAAGUGAAUUUACCAAACUGAAUUUAAGAAAACUGCAUAUUUAUUUCAUAUAGAUAGAUUUUUCGUUUUAAUAUUUGAAUUGCAAUUUCGUUCCUCAAUGCCAAAGGCAUAUUUAAUAAUUUGAGGUGCUUGCUAUUUAUGAAUUUAAAGUCUUCGUUCGUAGCAUAGCUUGAAUUAAAUUUGACCUGGACUCGAGCCGGUGAUAGCUUCAUUGUUGAUUUUUAAAAACAGUGUAAAAAAAAUGUACUAUGUAAUGUACAUAAGAUGUAUAUGUGUACAAAAUAACAAUUUCAAGACUCUGUAAUGUCAUUUCCAAUGUGAAGUUAUUAAAACGUGAAAGAAGA